GUGCCAGAGGGCAUCACUUCGAUCUGUGACGCAGCCUUCGAGGGCCGCUCAUCCCUCAUCUCCGUCACCUUCCCUGCCACCCUUACCUCCAUCGGCAACUACGCCUUCUGCGGCUGCACCUCCCUCCGCUCCAUCACCCUCCCCGCCAGCCUCACCUCCAUCGGCCAGGAAGCCUUCAACGGCUGCUCCGCCCUCGCCAGCGUC